AAAGAGUGACUAUUGUAUCGAACACGGCGUGGCUGUAAGAGUUUUUUAAAUAAAAUCUAUCAAAUAUAUAAGUUUAUAAAAAUGAAGAAACAUCAGACGAGGCAAAGGACUAUGAGUGAUCCACUUAUUGUCUCGCGUGUAAAAAACUACCUCGCUGAAAAUGUAGAUAAAACGUUCGUCGAUGUUAGUCAAAUGUCGCGUUCCCUCAAAGAGCGCUAUCGAGAAUACAACAACAGAAGUGAUAACGCUUUUUGUCAAAUGGUUGAGAGUGCUUACAAAGUGGUAUUAAAGAGUUAUGGGCUCGAAGGGGCGUCGACUUCGGAGGGUUCUGAAGAAGAGUCAGACCUAGAGUUAUUAGACGAAAACAACAGCGCCAUGAAUGAUCGUUUGCUUACAAUGUAUAACUUGCAAGAUAAAAAAAGGUCUGCGGCAUCUCGGCGGCCCACAGACAAAUCUGGUGAACCUAUUGACAUCAUAAGUAGUGACGAAGAAGGCAGUGCGGCGCCAAAACUUCCUAAAAUUAAUGACCAAAUAACUAUUACCCCUCACAUUACCAUAAAAAGUACAAAUCCUGAGAGCAUUCAAAAAAAUAUUCAAAGUCAACAUGUCACAGAAAAAAAACGAAAACCAGAAAUGAAUAAGAAUGGCCCAUCAAAGAAAAAAGUUGAAGUUGGCACUGUUAAAAAAGUAAAUGUGAGUUUUGAUGAUAUCGGUGGGGUUUCUGAAAUAAUUACACAGAUAUGUGAUUUGGUAUUGCAUAUGAAGCAUCCCGAAGUGUAUAAUAAAUUGGGAAUUAAGAGCCCAAGAGGUGCCCUUCUGCAUGGCCCACCAGGAACAGGUAAAACAUUAUUGGCCCAUGCUAUUGCUGGCAAGUUACGGUUACCACUUAUAGGUAUAAGCGGGACCGAGCUAGUUGGAGGGGUAUCAGGUGAAUCUGAGGAAAGGAUUAGGGAACUGUUUGAUAAUGCAGUAUUGCAUGCGCCUUGUGUUCUGUUCAUAGAUGAAAUAGAUGCAGUUUGUGGCAACAGAAUACAUGCCCAAAAAGAUAUGGAAAGACGAAUGGUUGCCCAAUUAUUAGCAAGCUUAGACAGUCUUAAUAAUGAAAAUAUAUCAGUAUUAGUUUUAGCAGCUACAAAUAACCCUGAUACACUCGACCCAGCAUUACGAAGAGCUGGUCGUCUUGAACAAGAAAUAACAUUAGGCAUUCCAUCUUUGAAAGCAAGAAAGGAAAUUAUCUCUAUACUCUGUCAAAAGCUUUCUUUAUAUGAUGAUGUAGAUAUAAAUGUAUUAGCUCAAAUCACUCCAGGUUUUGUUGGAGCAGACUUACAGGCUUUAGUAAAUAAAGCUAGCACAUAUGCUGUGAAAAGGAUAUUUCGAGAGCUACGUAAUCAGGAAAAACAGCAGACACAACAAGCCAUUGAGAGUAUUAAGCUAAAUAAUGAUAUUGAUGUGAUAGAGAAAGAGAAGAUCCCAAAUGGGGAUAAAGAAUGUGAAGCAACUAAAGACAAAGGGACAGAAGAUGUUGCUGGUGAGGUAAUUGAAACUCAAACACCACUAAUUGAUGAUCCGGUUGUCUCCGUUGAAGCACCAUCCACAGAGAAAAUAUCUGUAGAAGAUUGCGAUACUAUAGCCCCAGAAACAGAAAGCAUUUUUGAUCCAAUCGGUGAAGUAAUAGAGUUACUCGAGGAUACUAUGCCAUAUUCAUCAGAACAGUUGAAGGGUUUGGCUAUACGUCAAGAUGACUUUUUACAAGCCCUUAAAACAACAAAGCCUUGUGCUGUAAGAGAAGGUAUUGUGACAGUACCAGAUGUUACAUGGGAUGAUGUGGGUUCAUUAAGUCAAGUGAGAAAAGAUUUACAGCUGGCUGUUUUAGCACCUGUCAAGUAUCCAGAUCAGAUGAAAAAAUUAGGAUUAGCUGCCCCAAGUGGUGUUUUACUCUGUGGUCCACCUGGCUGUGGUAAAACUCUCUUGGCCAAAGCUGUUGCAAAUGAAGCAGGUGUAAAUUUCAUUUCAGUGAAGGGUCCAGAAUUAUUAAACAUGUAUGUGGGUGAGAGUGAAAGGGCUGUACGAACUUGUUUCAGAAGGGCAAGAAAUUCAGCACCUUGUGUUAUAUUCUUUGAUGAGUUUGAUGCACUUUGUCCCCGGCGUAGUUCCCAUGAUAACAAUGGUGCUGCGCGAGUGGUUAAUCAACUGUUGACUGAAAUGGAUGGCAUUGAGAGCCGCGAAGGAGUGUUUGUAUUAGCAGCUUCGAAUCGUCCAGAUAUCAUUGAUCCAGCAGUUUUAAGACCAGGUCGACUAGAUAGAAUCAUGUAUGUGGGAAUGCCAGCUCAGGACGACAGAUAUGAUAUCUUACAGAAACUAACUAAGAAUGGAACACAGCCCCAGCUUGGGCCAAAUGUUGAUCUAAAUGUCAUUGCUGAGUUAACAGCCGGAUACACAGGUGCCGACUUAUCUGGCUUGGUACGAGCUUCAGCAACAAAUGCCUUUACAACUCAUAUAUCAAAUGGGACUCUGGAAGGGGAGAUAUUUGUGACAUUCGAGGAUUUCAGAGCAGCUCUUAGUAAAUGUAAGCCUUCAGUAUCAGCUAAAGAAAAACAACAUUAUGAGAAAUUAAGGUUAAAGUAUGCAGGUGGUGAUGAGAUGGAAAUGGAGACAGAACCAGUCAUCGAGGAGUCAAUGGACACUAUUUAGCAUAUUAAUUAAGAAUAAUAAUUUUAUCAUAUUCUGUAUUCUUAGUGUUGAUUUAUAUGUAGGUCAUUUGCUAAUAACUCGUUUGACCUAGUUAUAUUGAAUUUGUAAGAAUUAUUCAAUAUUUCCAUGCCUUUUAGUGUAUUCAGUAAAAUUCAUUUUAUGAUCUAUUACUGGAAUGUUAGCACUAGUACCCAUCUCACUAAAAUUGUUUCUGCAAAUCUUUGUAUGAAUAAAGGUAUUUUAGUAUUUAAA